AUGAAGGAUAACAUCGUCAACCCGCCGGAGAAGGAUCCGAAUUUGAUCAUGACUGUAGCUGACCAAGGUCAGGGAGGUCUCGAGGCAAAAACCCGAUCAAAUUCGACCACUCAAUUGUCGAUUGCUCUAACAAAGGAUAAUCCUGCCAUCACAACUCCCAAGCGCAGCAGCAAGCGAAACCCUUCAGAAACCGCCGAGGAUGGCGCAAUGAAAGGCCGCUCGCUCUUCCCAUCUGCAGUUCCCCAAGUUCAGGACGUCACGGUCAACACUCGCCCAAAUCCGACCACUCCUUUGUCAAUUAUGUUAACUAAGGACAAUCCGCCUGAUCCCACGACUUCAAAGAGCCAACGCAAGCAUCCCCCUCCUUCCAAAACCGCCGAGGAUGGCGCAGUGCAAGGACGAUCGCUCGUUGCCUACAUCACAAAACUCAAGGUGUCCACAUUUCACAGGCUCUACAAGAAGGCUUGGAGACAGGAGAUGUUUGCUCUCGCAACAGCCCAACGCGUUAUCACUACUGACAAAAAGUCGCCUUGCUUUUGGGAAUUUUUGCUCGUGUUCGACCCAACAUUAACAACGCGCCGAGCCGUUGACUUGGAUGUGGCGAACGGCAUCCGAAUUCUUCGCUCAUCCUGCUAUCAUUCCUCACAUUGUGGAGGAAUUUGA